GCGGGGCUGGGGACAGUGCCGGCGGCCUGGGAAGGGGCAGCGGUGAGGGGUCGAGCCCUGAUCCCGGGCAUGGCGGAGACCCUGAGCCCCUGCUCCCCACGGGGUCAGUGCCAGCCCAGCAUGGGCGCCAAUACCUCGUCCGCCAACGUGGACACCAACGCCUCCUCCUCGGUGGUGGGCGGCAGCGCGUGGAGGGGCCGGGAGCCCUUCUCCAUCUUCACCGUCCUCAUCCUCACCCUGCUGGUGCUGCUGACCGUGGCCACCUUCCUCUGGAACCUGCUGGUGCUGGCGACCAUCCUGCGAGUGAAGGCCUUCCACCGGGUGCCCCACAACCUGGUGGCCUCCACGGCGGUGUCGGACGUGCUGGUGGCGGCCCUGGUGAUGCCGCUGAGCCUGGUGAAGGAGCUGUCGGCCGGGCGGCGGUGGCGGCUGGGCCGGGAGCUGUGCCUCGUGUGGGUGUGCUUCGACAUGCUGUGCUGCACGGCCAGCAUCUGGAACGUGACGGCCAUCGCCCUGGACCGCUACUGGUCCAUCACCCGGCAGCUGCAGUACACGCUGCUCGCCCGCCGCCGCAUCUCCAACGUGAUGAUCGCUCUCACCUGGCUGCUGUCCGCCGCCAUCUCCCUCGCCCCGCUCCUGGGCUGGGGGGAGACCUACAGCCCCGAGCAGGAGCGCUGCCAGCUCAGCCAGGACCCGUCCUACACCAUCGUGUCCACGGGCGGGGCGUUCUACCUGCCCCUCUGCGUGGUGCUCUUCGUCUACUGGAAGAUCUACAAGGCGUCCAAGUUCCACAUGGGGGCCCGCAGGAGGAACGCCGUGGGGCCCCUGCCCGAGGCUGCCCAGGUGAAGGAAGCUUCGAAGGAACCACAGAUGGUGUUUACAGCUCGUCGUGCAGCUAUCACUUUCCAGACAGAUGGAGAAACAUGGAGGGAACAGAAAGAGAAAAAGGCAGCUCUGAUGGUUGGCAUCUUAAUUGGAGUUUUUGUACUGUGCUGGAUCCCUUUCUUCAUCACAGAAUUAAUAAGUCCCCUCUGUUCCUGUAACAUCCCUCCCGUCUGGAAAAGCAUCUUUCUUUGGCUUGGCUACUCAAAUUCUUUCUUUAAUCCUCUCAUUUAUACAGCAUUUAACAAAAAUUACAACAAUGCCUUCAAGAACCUUUUUGUAAAGCAAAGAUAA